UGGGUAACGACUAACGAGUUGAUUCAACUCAUUUGUUUAAACCGCAAUCGCUUCCGAUUUCUAAAGCUUCACUUUUUAUUUUUCGCUGCCAUUGACGAGCUUCAACAGAUCUGACCAGAUUCACAACUCCAACCACAACUUCUGACAUUGCUUCGUCUCCUUCGCGUCUCGCCUGAAACAAUUUCAAGAGCUAGGAUCUAAAUAGGUCCAAGUUUGUCACCCGGCUGUAGAAAAGAAGAGGUUUAAUAUAGAGUUACUAGAAAAAAUAUCGUCUUUUGCGUUUUCACGAACAAGGCGAUGAUGCGGUACAAAGAGGAGAAAGAGGUAAAGAAGGAAGCUUUCAGGAAGUAUCUGGAGUCAAGUGGAGUUCUUGAUUCACUCACCAAAGUUCUGGUUUCUCUAUAUGAACAGAACGACAAGCCUUCCUCUGCUCUAGAAUUCAUUCAACAAAAGCUAGGUGGUCCAUCUGUUUCUGAGUACGAGAAGCUUCAAGCUGAGAAGUCUGAUCUGCAAAUAAAGUACAAUGAGCUUUUGGCUAAACAUCAAGAAACUCUGAGAGAGUUAGAUGAAGUGAAGAACUUGCAAUCAAGAAACUCUACCAAAGAUGAUGCAGACCAACCUGAGACCUUUCAAGACAAAGUCACGACUCUUGUCACUCAUCAACAUUAAAACAUUGUCCUUGUUGUACAUGUAGUUACUAUAUUUCUCCAUCUCCAUCAAUGUCAUUUCGGUUUUCUAUACGUGCAUACAUGAUUUUUUUCAGGGCACAGUGAACAUUUUCUCGAUGUGUCUGGCUUCAGUAAUUCAAUUUAACACUAGGAGAAUUCAACUUUGUUAUUCUUCCUAA